CUGAAAGUGGACUCCAUGACGGACGUGGAAUUAUCACAGUGGUUAUGAAGUGCAGUUUCUCAGUUAUCUCAUAUAAAUAGACUUUGUUUUGUUUUUAUUAUUUUUUCAAAUUUUAUCUCUGGGUUGUGAAGGCUGGCCAAGCGGAAUUUAAAACCUGUUGAACCAGAGUGAAAACAGGAUGUCCAGACGCAAACUCGGUAGCCGACCGCAACACCUGAGCUCCAUUCAAGAUGCCCCUCAGACCUGUGACUUCGCCACCUCGAUGCUGCUGGAGGGAGCAGAACAGGUGGAGGGCGAGGCUCGUGACCUCCUCACCUGCGGGCAGUGUGGCCUCGCCUUCCCUCUGGCCCAAAUCCUGGCAUUCAUCCAGCACAAGCAGGGGGACUGCAGUGGUCCUGGCUCCUCCCUCCAGGCCCAAACCCCCCCCUCUCCUGCUACCUGUGCAUUAACACACGUCACCUCUUCAGCUAAUGGGAGAACAGGGGCGGGGCAUGUGGAGCUCAGGAGAAUGAUGGACAGAGGCUUCAGGGGGGAGCUGGAUAUGAAAACAGCAAGGCAUGUAACAGUGAUGGAAGAGCCUAGCUGUUUCACCUGCCAGCUUUGUGCAUGUGUGUAUCCCAGUGCCUGGGCUCUCCUGCAGCAUGCUCAGCUCACUCACGGCCUCAGCAUCUACCAAGAGGAGGGCAGUGAGGGGCACCAGCCCAGCCCCCCUGCCACACCAGAACCCUGCCAUCCAAACUCCACCCUGGCUUCCCUGGCUCUGUCCCACCUCAAACACUCUUCCUCCUCCUCAUGCUCCCCAGAGCCCCAAAACUUCAGCUUCCCCCUGCACCUGCAGGAGCUGACCGAGGACAAUGAUGCCGUCUCCGCCCCCUCCCCUCCCACGGCCGCUCCCGCCCCCCCGGCAGCGUCCCGCCAGGCGGGGUACAGCUGUGAGCUGUGCGGCGAGUUCCUGCAGUCGCUGGGCAGCCUGGCGGCGCACCGCCUCACGCACGCGGGCGAGCGCCCAUACUGCUGUGGGCUGUGCGGCAAAGCUUUCGCCAAGAGCAGCCAGCUCACCAGCCACAUGAACUCCCACUGGCGGAGCCAGGCGUGGCCGAGGCCGGGGGGCGAGGACGAAGAGGAGGAGCUGGUGCUCAAGGCCCAGCUCUUCCAGGAGAUGCCGGUCGGCAAGCAGGCAAACGUGGAGAUCCCACUGUCUUCCCGCCGCCCCGCGUCCAGGCAAGCCCCAGGACGCAGGAAGGGCCUGCUCGGCCUUUUCCAGCCGCAGGGUAAGGGUGGGGAGGGGGAGGCGGCCGAGGAGCCCUCCUCCUGCAGCAGCCCCUUCGAAGGCUCCCUGGAGAGCGAGGAGAUGACGGGCAGCGGGGAGAGCGGCACGGGCAGCGGGGAGAGCGGCAUCGCCAGCGGGGACUGCACCCCCAAGUGGCAGGAGAGGGAAGAGCGGCUGAGCGAGAGAGAGGCGGAGAGGGAGUGGCAGCAGGAGGCGGCGCUGAGAGGAGGAGGAGGAGGAGGGGGUGGGGCCAGGGUGAAGAGGGAGGAGGCCUGCGAGUUCUGCGGCAAGCACUUCCGCAACAGCAGCAACCUGACGGUGCACCGCCGCAGCCACACGGGCGAGCGGCCCUACCGCUGCGGCCUGUGCAGCUACGCCUGCGCCCAGAGCAGCAAGCUGACGCGCCACAUGAAGACGCACGGCGCCCGUGGGGCCCGCGCCCCUUUCCUCUGCCGGCUCUGCCAUGUGCCCUUCACCGUCUACACCACCCUGGAGAAGCACCUGAAGAAGACUCAUGGCGUCAGCCCCGCCCACACCCACGCCGCCUCCCGGGACCGAGCCGGUGUGCACGUGCGCCCCGCCGCCAAGGCCGACGGCCACGUCACGCAGGCCGGCAUCGCCGACCCCUGCCAGGAGUCCAGCGGAACGGCCUCUGAGGGAAGCAGCCAUUAGGAGAGGUGCAGUCUGGGUGAAUGGAAGGAGGAGGGACUGCUCUCAGGCGUUUGCAUCGGGCCAACAGGUGGAGAGGCUGCUGGUUUAUUCCAGGGAGAAGGCUUGUUUGUACAUGCCUGCUGUGCAGAUAUUACCCCAGUCCUGGGGGCCAAAGUAGCUUUUCUCUGCUCUGACAGCAGUAAUUUGAAGAAACUCCAGGAGCAAAGCCUCCCUGGAGAGCACGUUAAGACCUCUGGCCAUUAAAAAUCAUCUGAAAUUCUUUGGUAAAACACACUGUGAAUCAGAUGCUGAAGCAAAAAGCCAAAACUGUAAUGUCAGUCAACAUGGCAAUAUAUUUUUCAGUCUGCAGGUAAAGUUUACAGGUAUUUCCCACUGGACUUUAUUCAGCUUCCGUGCCACCUAAGUCUUUCCUCUGAGUUUUUCUUUAUUUGGAGCUACUGUAUCCUUUUCUUAUAUGCAGAAAGAUUGCUGUGUUCAGGGACACUGGAAACAUGAUUUUGUUUUACAUUCACUUCAAUUGCAUUUGGCUAAUUUUUUGACCCGUUUUGUACUUGAUACCUGCCAGUAAUGUUUGUUUCUCUGCGUGUGCACGAUCAGGGUGGGAGAGGGAAGGGAACAGGCUAGGCAGAAAGAGGCUUUCUCAGGGACCAUUCUACCAGUAACAUCUGAUUAGCCUACACAGCCUGUAUCCAAGCCAUAAACAGAAUUCUCAGACACACUGUUCAGCUGAGAGGGAUACAGGGUUAGCACGUUGCAGCACAGCCCAUUUACACCAAUCACUUUGAUGUGAGAGAGAUAUUUAUUUGCCCCUUGCACACUCAUUUGACACUAAUGUUGAGUCAUAUGGUGUAUUU